ACCAGAUUGGCCAUCGUCUCUGCUUACACGGGCUUGGUUCACAUACCAACAUCGUCUCCGACCCGGGCGCUCAAAGGGAAACGGGCCAGCGUCCCUUCGGCAAUCCGCGCCCUUCUUUCACCAUGCGGUCCCUUUAAUGGCUAAUACGUUCAACUUCCGGCCUCGUCCCGCACCCUUAACAGGGCUCCCAUCACGUUCCCUCCCCCCCAGCCGACGGGAGAGUAUCGCAGCAGUCAUGGAGGGCGCUCUCAGCAUGCCCCCCGACCGGGGCGCAAUCAUCGGGAGAGCAGUCUGGAAGGCGCGAUACGUAGUUGUCGGACCCGCGAAUCGAGGGCAGACACCGGCGGCGCCCGCCAGGGUACCGCCUAACCGCAGCUCGACACCCAGGGAGCUCGUCAGGGUGGCCCCGGAUGGCGUCUUCCUGUCCAUCUACAAGUCCAAGGAGGAUACGGAGCCGAUACAGCAGCACUCCAUCAAUUCGAUUACCGAUUGCGAAGUCCAGAUGCUGGCGCACCGGAAGCAAGGGCCGGUCCUCCCAACUCUGGUUGUCAAUGUGCUCCCGGACCCCAUGUUGGACAAGAUUCGGAAGCGGCGUUCGAGCAGAACGGCCGGCUUCACUGCGCCCAAGGACACGGGCCCCACGACCCUCCUGUUUCGCUCCGUGGACGAGCAACCCUCGCUGCAGGAAUGGGCUCGCGUUAUUCGGCAGCACAUCCAGCCGGUAAUCCCGGACAGAGCGCCCCUCAGUCCACUCACGCCCGCCUCCCCAAGCUUCAUCAAUCCCUUCGCGCCUCGAUCUAGGGAACCUAGUGACGUGCAGCCGCCAAGGCCAGGGAGCGGAAGCGGUUCCCGACCCGGGUUCUUCUUGAAGAACCCCAGCCAGAUGCACACCGGCCGCGAUCGCCCCGUGACUUUCUCGGACUCCCCGAGCCUGCGCUCAAAACGAAGCGACCUCUCGUCACAGACCAGCUCAAUAAACACAUCGCAUGCAGGCAUCCACAACUACACCGCCAUGGUUCCGGCCGAUCUCCCGUCUCCCGCGACAACAAUUGGGGAAUACCAGGGGGAAUUUAUCGAGGGUUGGACAUCGGCGCAGGGCAGGUCCUCGGCGCUCAACUCACCUAUCAGGGGCCGUGACAGCGUCAGCUCACAAGCCCAAACCCCACUGCCAACAAUACCGGAUACGAGCUCCCCGCCCGGGCCCCGGGAGACGAUCCUCGACCGAGCGUUCCAGAUGCGCUGCAUCCCCGGCUCCGAACGGGAGGUCCCUGGGGAGGAAAAACUGAGUUCUCUGGCCAGGUUCGACGCACUGAUGCGGGAAAUGGACGAGAAGCGGAGACAACGCGAAGCCGAAGAAGCGAGGCAACGGCCGCAGGCCACGGCCGCGCCAUCGACCGCGACGCAGGGCUCCGAGUUGAAGAGCGCGUUUGAUGACGACGACUCGGAUUCGGAUUCGGAACGAGACUCGGACGAGGACGAGGACGAGGAGGAUGAGGAGGAGGAGGAGGAGGACAUGGUAGGGGAGGCGGAUGUUGAUGACCGGUUCACAUCCUCGACAACACCAGCCCAGCGGGCCCUGGAUUUCAUCGCCGGGAGGCGCGGACCGACUCAGCGGCAUCAACUACCGUUGCGGGACAUUAGAACCCCUCCGAGUUAUAACCACGACGCCUUCAUGGCUUUGACGAGCAGCGGGGCUUCUCAGCUGCGUCCCCAGACGGGCUACUCCAAGAACCGCAGCAGACCGAGCAUGACCCAGAGAACACACAGCCAACCACAACUCGCUACGAUUCUAGCCUCGUUCCCGACACCUGCCGACGGCAGCGGUGCUUUCCCAAGCUGGGACCCCGGGGAGGGGAGCGGAACGUUCAGUUUCACCCCUGGGUCGCCGUCAGCUCUGCACCGCAGCUCGACCGAGAAGCGGCAGUCGGCGUCGAGCGCCAAGCGCCUCAGCUUCACCGAGUUCACGCGGCGGCUGAGCAGCACGAGCAGCUUGCUCCUGAUGCAGACAAACGCAAGCGGUGCCGCGAGCAGCCGGGCUAGCCACAGCGACCAGGACCUCCAGCCGCCGCCGCAAUCAUCCGCCCAGCACUUGCACCACCUGCAUCCCAGGGCUGGUCUGCAGACGCCGCUUCAGCAGCAACAGGCAGCGCAGUCCACGCCUCCGGUGAGCGAGCGCGAGCGGUGCGGCUGGCGUGGCAGUGUCGGCGUGUUCGGGGGCGGCGAGGGUGGCUUUCUUUGACGGGGCGGCCCUGGCUCUCUCCAGUUGGAGGAGCGUCGAUGCCUGCUUGUCAGACCCCAGCAACCUUCCAACCUCUUUCCAACCUAUGUUUUUGACACCUGUCGAAUAAUACCCAGCAUCCCUUCCUACACAAACCAUAAGGGCUCGGUUGAGUCACAUCAAACCAACAACUCUCACGUAUUCGCUCAACAUCUUUGCCUCGUUUGUCGCAUCCCGCAACCUCACAACCGCCGCUAUCAUACCUCACCACCCGACCGAACCAUCCUAUGUGACGACCGGCUCAUGACCGAGAGAACAUGACGCAAGGGGCAGCUGGCGUUAAUCAUGAUCUAGCAUACCAUACC